UUCCUGCAGAAAGAGGAGCGUGGAGCAGGGGGGAGAGGGGACCUUGACAUAAUCACGCUCCUCCACACUUUGCAGUCUCGACAGUGUUUGGGAGAUGAACACACACGCAGAUCGUGUGCAGGUGCAGCGGUGGUCCAGUAAAGAAAAACUCGAGGGUCAACCAUGAAAUCCAGAAGUCAGGAUCACAGCUUGUCUGAGUCCACGGAACUGGACCGAUCUUACGACCCACUCACAGGUAACCCGCCAUAUAAAGCCACCAAAAGGACCAUCAAGCAGCGAUUCCUCAAACUGCUGCCUUGCUACCAUUCUGGUUCCAGCCCAUCCCUCAAUCAAAACAGUGUGAGUGACGAUGCCGAACUGUUGGCAGUGCGUUACCGACCCGAAGGCCUCGAACAUCUCAUGGGGCAAACUAGCUUUAGUAAGAAAGAGCUCCAAGUCCUCUACAGAGGAUUCAAAAAUGAGUGUCCCAGCGGUGCAGUGAAUGAGGAGACAUUUAAAAGCAUCUAUUCUCAAUUUUUUCCUCAGAGAGAUACAAGUAUGUAUGCACAUUUCUUGUUUGUGGCUUUCGACACUCACAACAGUGGAUCUGUCAACUUUGAGGACUUUGUCCUAAGUCUGUCCAUCAUCCUCAGAGGCUCCAUCACAGAAAAACUCAACUGGACCUUCAACCUGUACGACCUCAACAAAGAUGGCUGCAUCACUCGAGAGGAGAUGACAGAUAUCAUUCAAUCCAUUUAUGACAUGAUGGGCACGUAUACGUAUCCCUGCAUGAGGGACAGCGCUCCCAGGGACCAUGUGGAACAAUUCUUCCAGAAAAUGGACAAGAACAAGGACGGCGUCGUCACCAUUGAGGAAUUCCUGGAGACAUGCCAAAAGGAUGAGAACAUCAUGCAGUCCAUGCACAUGUUCGAUAACGUCAUCUAAAGGUGGAGUCGAAUGUUCCUACAAUUGGAGCUCCUCCUCAGCGCUGCAGUAUGUGCGUGCGUGCAUGCAUGCGUGUGUACUUGGUGGACUCAAACACGUCACCUCAGAGUGACAAAAUCGCUUCGGUUUGAUUCAAAAUGGAAGUGGGAUGGUGGGCCUGUUCUCUGGUAGAACGGUUAGCAUGCCUUCCCCAUAGUUCACGGUUUGAAUUUGACCUUCCUGUGUGACGUUUGCAUGUUCUCUCCAUGCUUGGGUGUCUUUUUUCCAACUACUGAUAGAUAAAGACUAAAUUGUCCAUAGGUGUAAAUGCGAGUACAAAAAUUCAUUUGUCUUCAAGGUAUGCUGUGAUGAUUCGGUGGCUAGUCCGUGGAGUACUGGCACUUAUCGAUUUAAAAUGUUAAAAUAUAUUCUGACAUAACUCUUCAUGGGGUUGACUUCUUCUUUAAUUCUCCUUAGAACAGAUAUUUACCCUGACAUGUAUGAUACACACAGGACAGACAUGAGGCUGUAAAACAAGUAAUGGCUGUGAAAUGCAAUAAUGUGGACAUGAUGUAAAGUCACUUUGAUGGAUAUUGUGAUAUUUACUAUGAGCGUAUUGUGUCUGCAUGAUGUGUGCAGUCACAUAAGCGUGUUGAAAUAUUUUUGAUAGGAAUGUGAUGAUGAUGGAUGACAAUAAAACCUCACAGUUAUGAUCUAACAACCA